GAAUGUGUAUGACCUUUUAACCUUUACCAUAGGCCGAGGGUUUACAAAGUCUAACAUUAUCCAUCCCCAAAAUCCCUGCUUGAGGCUACGAUUAAGGCUCACAAUUACUUAAGGAAAUUAUUGUCACCUGACAAAGUUCAUUGAUGAUUCAAAAUAAGUCAAUACCAUGGAUUUAGAAUCACAUUGGAAUUCAAAAGUGGAAAAUUCUGCCACCUAGUGAAUCUCUUGGACUAGAAUACCAGGGAUUUGUGUCAAGUUCUAUGAUCAUUAGAUUAUCUUUAAAUAAAGAAAGUAAAUGGACAUGGUGGAUUUCUUUGAAUGAAGUAAAUUAGUAAAAAUUAAGCACAUUUUUUCACUGUGUCCCCCUGUGGCCUGGUACCAAAUGACCUAUGGACUAGUACUGGUCCGCGGACCGGGGGUUGGGGACCCCUGAUCUAUACAGUCUUCCAUUUACAACCGGCCCUUCAAGGGGAACUGUAUUGGUGAUGUUGCCCACAGUGAAAAUUUGUUCGACACCGCUGGUCAAGAGUUUAAAGGAAGGGAGUUUAAGACUCCGCCUUAGACUUCCGCCUUAUGUCUUGCACUGCACUUCCUUAUUCAUCAGUCACUUACCCGGGAAGACGCGUCUUGGGGUUAUUAAACAUGCAUUACCUCGUAUUUGGAAUUACAACAAUUACCAUAACAUCCAUGGUCAACGCAGGUCCCAUUCCUGAACAUAGGACCAUCAAUGUCUCGUGCAUAACAAAUGCGCAAUUCUACGAGUAUCCGCUUAACAUCACUGAUGAUGCGGAAGAGAUAAAAUUUUACCCGUAUAAUGAGACCACCAUGUCAGUGGGUUCGUCCCCCAUUGGGGAUGAACGAAACAUGACUCUAUCUGUUAACAUCAGCAUUUUCCGUACAUGGAAAUACAAAAACCUGGUAAUGAAAUACCGCACACGGGAUGUGAGUAUCGCCCUACCCCCACCCCCCGACGACAACUUUACUGUCAUUAUACCUGUACAUAUGGUCAAUAAACUUUUUAAUCUUGUUUUUGCUUUUCAUUCAAAGGAAAAGGGUCUAGCACAGGAUAUCACAUUGGUUCUUAAAACUGUAGGGAAAUGUGCAGACAACAAUGAAACCACAACUGGACAAGUUAAACCCUUAAUAACUCCUUAUUGGAUCUGGAUCCUGGUGGGAUUUAUUGCUCUUUUUCUUGUAUGUGUCCUCUUAUAUAUCUGUCGUUGUUAUAUUCUUUGUAGGAGUAAGAAAUGGAGGAAAACUCAUCAGAACUGUCUACAUGGCCCCUGGUCUCCUGGAGAGCAAGUUAGUGAUUCUGACAGAGAGCUUGAGGAUCCUAGUACUCAGGGUUUGAUUAACAACAAGAUCAGUGAAGGAACUAAUCAGAUUGGAAAUGGACACCCCCUUGAUGUUAAAGGUGCCUCUCAUAACAUGUGGAGGUGGUUAAGAGGUGAUCUAGGAGGGGCUAAUGGACUGAAAAGACAGAAUGACAAUGGGAGUGUGAGCAUCAACAUGACAAGCAGAGACGCAACUUUGGUGGCCAAUGACAACUCUGACCGGAAUGGAUUCAGCAGACACUCUCUCACCAGACAAUGACGUGGAGUCCAAAUCUGGAGAAGGAUAUAACUUCUUAUAAUUACUAAAUAUAUUAUAUAUAUUAUUAGUGUAUAUAUAUAUAUAUAUAUUAUAUUGGUAUAAUAUAAUAUAGGUUAAUAUACGGUAUAACUUACCAUGAUUACUAUAAAUAAUAGUAUAAUAUAAUAUUGAUUAAUGUAAUAUAAUAUCAGUGUUUCCCACAUGAUAGUUGGAGACUGGCUUGGGGGGGUGACAAGCUGAGUAGGCUUGGGUUGCAAUAUUCCUGGCAAUUAAUGGGAAACAUAUAAUCAUAAAAUAUUAAUAAAUAUUGUAUAAUAUACAAUAAAUACAGCAGCACCAUUCAAAUAUUCAUUGUGAAAAAAAGUGACAGUUUACAGUCCAGACUGUGAACAGAACAAUCAUGAAAUUUGGCUAGUGCCCGACAUCCUGAGGUUAGGAUCGGACUGCAAGCAUUAGAGCUGUGACCGUAUUUGUACGUUUCAGUUCUGCACAUAUACACAUCUGCAUCAAUCACCAGUGCCGCCUUCUGUCCUAUGGCCUUCUCUGUUGGGAAAAACGUGAAGACCCCAACUUUUAAACACUUAACUGCAUUAACACUCUUAUAGUUUGUUCCCCAAUUUGUUGCUUAUGUUCCACAUUUCACACUAUAUUUAAAAUGAUGCAAUGCUUAUACCAAGAUGUAUACAUAUAUAAAUAUAGUUUGUUUUUUUCAUUGUAUUCUUUUUUUUAAACUACUUUGACUUUAUAUCACUUAUGCAUAUUAUGGCUUUAUUAUCUAACGAUGAUUUACAACACAAAUGAACUUUCUCUAGUGAUUUUAACUGUGUUUUUAGAUAUCAUUCCAUUGUGCUAAAUGAUCUUAAUUGUAAUCACAUCUACAUUACACUAUCACUGAUGCUUUGCUAUUUUGUAAUUCACGGAAUAUACAACGGUUUUACGAUAAUGUGGUAAAAAAUACUCAUGUAGUACAGACCUUCCAUCACAUGGUGGCAGUAAUAAGACAUUAACUAACCGGAGUUGCAGUUAGAACAAUGCAUUAACAUUACACUGCUUGAAAUAGUUUUUUUAUACACUGCAGCAGCUUUUAUAAUCAUGAGUUUAUUAUUGUAACAUCAUGCAUAUUAUAAUGAUGUUGUAUGAUUAAAUAAUGUAUCACUGUGGGUGUAAUUAAAGGUUUGUGCUUCAAUAAAAGAACAAGUAUUUUAUCAUU